AAACAGAGCCCUCACUACUUACUUUCUCUUAGGAGGAACUUUUCUGCGGAUAAGAAACAAUGCACGUUGCCAGUGUUAUCAAGGCUUUUCUAUCUCCCACUGAGAUUCUAAGCUAUAAAUAAACGGAGUUUGGCCAACACAGGAUAUUAUAGAAAAGGUGACAUUUUAUAAACACACCUAGCUAGCAGGCUAGCUAUAACAGCUUCUAUAUGGAGGGCUCAUCUUUAAGAGUUAGAAAAGGUGCAUGGACUGAAGAAGAAGACCUUCUUCUUAAGAAAUGUAUUGAGAAAUAUGGUGAAGGGAAAUGGCAUCAAGUGCCUGCUAGAGCUGGCUUGAAUCGUUGCCGGAAAAGCUGUAGACUGCGGUGGCUAAAUUAUUUGAAGCCUAAUAUCAAGAGAGGACAUUUUGCUGCUGAUGAAGUUGACCUCAUUAUUCGCCUCCAUAACCUCCUAGGUAAUAGAUGGUCACUGAUUGCUGGUAGACUACCAGGAAGAACAGCAAACGAUGUGAAAAACUAUUGGAACACCCACUUGCUUAAAAAAAAUAUAGAUACUUUCACUAAAACCUCGAACCCGAAAUCUUAUCAACUAAAAUCUAAUACUAAGGUUAUCAAGCCUCGGCCUCAGAUCUUAUCAAAGCGUAAUUUUCUUGUAAAUUUAGAUGAAUACAACAAUAAUAACAAUAACAAUAACAACAACCGUGCAGAAACAAGCAACAACGUGGUAUUGGCUAACUGCGGUGACAACCACGGUGGAUACUGUUUCCCUGACCAUGAUGAGAUCAUGUGGUGGGAAAAUAUGAUGAUGAAUGAAAAGAAGGUUGAUGGCCAUCAGCUACAAUGUUCAGCCAAUGACAUUGAUGAAAGUGUGUUGGACCAAAUUAUGAAUGAAGACAAUUUUGGCAAUACUAUGGAUGAGCUUUUUCUUGAUGAGGAACCGUGGAAUGUGUUCAACCCAUAGCCAUAAAUAUUGUGUAUGUAUGUGUGUAUAUAUAUGGUUGUUUGUUGUUUUUGAUGUGAUAAGUAGUAAGUGACAAUAAAAAUAAUUUGUAUUAGAUAUAUUAGUAAUAGAAUUUUUAAAUAUGUUGACUACCAACUUCAUAAA